CAUCUUGGUUCCCACAACCGUCAUGCCUGAAUGGCGCACGCACGAACGCAGCCUACUAAACGGCACCUCGGCGCCGGGCUGGGCUGAGUCGAGAGUCGGGGAGCGCAGACGGAGCUCUGCCUCAGCGGAGGGGUACGGUCCGUUCGAACACACCGGAAGACGCAGCCGGUCUGUGGCGUCUUGAGCGGGGAUGCUCACUACAGCAUCAGGUUUUUACGGCGGAUGAGAGGAGGACUUUAGACCGAGACCACCCCCGCCCCUCCCUGCGCCGCUCUUGGCUUCCCCUCAUUGCAGAUGCAGAGAAGCGGGGCGUGCGCCGCCGAUGCGCCCGGCCGCCCCUGAUGCUCCUCGGCGCCGCCUCGGGGCUUUCCGCUCGCUGGGAGAGGCUGGAGCGGCCGCCGCCGCCGCCGCGGGAGCCUCCCGCUCGGCCGCGCGCCGCCAUGCUGCGCCGAGCGUUGCACGCCGGCCUGAGCGGCGGCUUCCGCGCGCUCGGUCGCUUCGUGGCCAGCCAGCCGGUGUUGUUCGCCUCAGCGCCGGUGCUGCUCGCCGUGCUGCUGGGCGCCAGCUUCAGCCGCUACCGCGUGGAGGAGGACGUGCAGAGCCUGCUGGCGCCCAAGCACAGCCUGGCCAAGAUCGAGGGCAACCUGGUGGACAGCCUCUUCCCCAUCAACCACUCCAAGCACGCCCUCUACUCGGACCUGCAGACGCCCGGACGCUACGGCCGCGUCAUCGUCACCUCCCGGCGGGGGAGCGUGCUGGAGCCGCCGCAUCUGGACACCGUGCUCAAGCUGCACAGGCUCAUCUACCGGAUGCAGGUGACGGUGCCCCAGAGCGGCCCGAACAGCUUCAACUACUCCUUCUCGCACCUGUGUCUCCCUGACGACAAGAACGCGUGCAUCGUGGACGACAUCAUCCGCGCCAUGGAAGACAUCCGGUCGGCCCGGGCCGCCAACCGCUCGGUGCCCGUCCUGCGCUACCCCAUCACGCAGCUGGCGGACGGGCGCCGGGCGUACGUCGGCCACCAGCUGGGCGGCGUGCAAAGCUGGGCCCCCGACGGCGGGACGCGGGGGCCGCGGGGCGAGGGUGUUCGCUCGGCGCGGGCGGUCCAGCUGACCUACUACCUGCAGGCGCGCGGCGGCCUCAUGGAGGGCGUGGCCGGCCAAUGGGAGAAGGCCUUCUACGGCCGGCUGCGGGAGUUUGCGGCGCUCCACCCUCAGCUGGGCUUCUACCCGGCCACGUCGUCGUCCCUCAGGACCGACUUCCAGCUGUCCUCUGUGCUGGCGCGACGACCCCUAUUGGCCGGCUUGGGCCUGUGCGGCGCGCUGGCCGUCCUGUGCUGCUCCAUGCGGGACUGCGUCCGCUCCAAGCCGUGGUUGGGCGCGCUGGCCUUACUGUCCGUCACGCUGGCGGGGCUGACGGCGGCGGGCAUUCUCAACCUGAGCGGCUCCACCUACAACUCCACCUACCUGGGCAUACCUUUUGUCAUGCUGGGUCAUGGCCUGUUCGGCUCCUUCGAAAUGCUGUCGUCCUGGCGCCGUACGCGUGAGGACCAGCACGUGAAGGAGCGCGUGGCGAGCGUCUUCGAGGACGUCAUGCUGCGCUUCUCGGGCUCCACGGCGCUCCACCUGUUGACUUUGGGCCUGGCCGCCUCGCCCCUCACCAACAUGGAGGCGGUCCGCCUCUUCUGUCGCGCCGCAGCGCUGGCCGUGGCCGUCAGCUACGCUUACGUGCUGUCCUUCUACAGCUCCUGCCUGGUCUUCACCGGCUACCUGGAGACGGGCUACAGGCACGGCUGCUUUUGCCGACGAGUGCCCAAACAGGAGCGGCUGGACUCCAAGCCGGCCUGGUACCGAUGCCUGAUGUACACCCGCUACCAGGACGAAGCGCAGACCACCACGGGGACGCCGCACGCGCCUCGCCCGCCCGACCUGGCGCACACGCGCACUUACGUCCGCCCACACGCGGCCGCCGACCACCUAACGAGCGCGCCCGGCCACGCCAAUGCCUCGGACGCCCGUCCCCAGGACUCGCACCUUCUGCUGGGCUGCGUGAGGCGUUGCUACGGAGACUGGAUCACCAAUACCUACGUCAAGCCCUUUGUGGUGCUGCUCUAUCUGGUCUACAUCUCCUUUGGACUCAUGGGCUUCCUGCAGGUGGCCCAGGGCUCGGACCCCAGCGGCCUGGUCGCCAUGGACACGGCCACGGUGUCGUACACCCGCGCCCAGCAGCGCUACUUCAGCUCCUACUCGCCCGUCAUCGGUUUCUACAUCUACGAGAGCGCCCCCUACUGGAACGCCUCGGUGCAGCGCGACCUGCUGGAGUACGCCAAAGGCUUCCAGCGCAUCAGCUGGCUGGAGGCCUACCUGGCCUACCUGUCCGAGCACAACCGCUCCACCAGCUCGCCUCGGGACAACUUCACCCGCACUCUCCGCCUGGACUUCCUGCGCGAGCCUCAGUUCGCCCACUUUGCCGACGACAUCAUCUUCGCCGAGCGGGGCCCCGGCGAGGAGCCCGAUGUGGCGGCGUCGCGCAUCUUCCUGGUGGCCAAGACCACGGAGAACAAGCGCGAGGAGAUGUCGGUGCUGCUAGACACUCUGCGCCGCCUGUCGCUCACCUCCCGCGUGCGCUUCCUCAUCUUCAAUCCGUCCUUCGUGUACCUGGACCGCUACGCCGCCGCCGUCAGCUCGCCGCUGCGUCACUCGCUCCUGGCCGUCCUCUUCCUGUUGGGUCUGUCCUCCCUGGCCGUGGUGGAGCCCUUAGUGUCCGUGUGGCUGGGGCUCACCCUGCUCUCGGUGCAGUUCGGCGUCCUGGGAUUCAUGACCCUGUGGGGCGUGGAGCUGGACUGCGUGUCGGUGUUGUGUCUGAUCCUGGCGUUGGGCCACGCCGCCGACUGCAGCGCGCCGCUCCUGUCCGGCUUCGCGGCCGGCCGGGGUGACAGCAGGACCCGCUGGGUGAGGGUGGCGCUGGAGCGGCACGGCGUACCCUCGCUGCAGGCCUUCCUGUGCUACGGCGCCGCCCUGGCGCCCGUGGGCUCAGUGCGCUCCAACCUGACGCGCACGCUCUUCCGUUGCCUGGCGCUGACGGCCGGGUGCUCCGCCUUGCACGCGCUGGCCUUCCUGCCCACCCUGCUCACCUUCCUGCCGCCAUCCAAGAGCCGAGCCCGCCGGCCCGACGGCGGGGACGCCCCCCGGCAGGAGGUGGAGUGCGUGGAGAUGAACGACGGCACUCGAGUGGUCGACCAAAUCACCACGGUCUGACCACGGGGGUAUGGAAAGAAGUUUUAGAGCAUUUAUUCCAUGGCCUCAAGAUCCAUCUUAAGAGCCAAGGACUUGUCCUCACUAGUAAGACAAUUAAGCGUACUAGUAGGAUGUCUGUGUAGGUUCUCAGUCAUCCAGGUGAUGGUAAUCCACUGAGUGUGAAUCAAGGCAAGCUUUUUGGUUGUAGGCGUUUCGACCGCUGCACAGACGUAUGGCGCAACAUCGGCGGGCGGCUUCUUCGGGUCCUGAAUCAGAAGCGACAUUCAUUCGAGGCCAAAUUCUGGAUAGGGAGGAGCGCUAGUUUGAAAGAGGCGUAAAAGAAGCCAUCUACUGUAUGUCAAACUCGAAAAGGCGUCACCGCUCGUCUGCCUCUAAACAACGUCCUGACAUCUCUCAUUCAACGGGAAGACUGGCCCAAACGAGCUGACGAGCGAUCGACCGAUUGGUAUGCAGAACAGUCGUUUCACCAACUACAUCCGGCAACAAGAACAAAAUCGACUCCACACGUUAAAUAAAUACUACUACUAUGGGGAAACUACAAACAACAAUGAUGUAAACAAUAAACACGUAAUUCCUGCCCAGCAUGCCUGGUGGGGUUUUGUCAAUAAAUAGUUGGAGCAAAAGGGGGGGGUCUCACACAGGGCGCCAUUUAAGAUGGGACAGCCACUGGUCACUAGUGACAUGCAGUCGUCCUACUAGUGAGGACAAGGAGUGUUACUAGUACAUGGACCAUGACAUGGAUCUCAAGAAAAUGGAAUAAAUGCUCAGUGUUUUUGGUGUCGGACUCUCCAACCCGCUGGUUGCCAUGGAGACUGCCGUGUGGGAACAUUCACUGGGAGGUGAGCGCGUGGUGUGAAAAACGGAGAGAAAAAAGGUUCAGCAAAUGCACAUUUUAUCAUGGAGGAGGAGCGAGAUGUAGCGUUUCCAUGGCAACGGGCUCAUUGCGCCGCAGCCUAAAACGACCAAAGAGCCGAUCUCGGGUCUUUCGGGUGCACUAAAACGGAUGUUGCCAAAUGUUUGCAGAGCACGCGAGGUGGACAAAAGUACUGGGACACACCUCAUCAUCAAUCAGUCAAUCAACUCAUAAGAGCCCGUUAUCUUAAUUGAUCAUCAUUUAUUCAGUGCACGCUGACCUCACAAAUGGACCCAAAAUUGUUGUAGCUCGAGUUUUCACUUCCUGCGGGUGUCCUGAUACUUUUGUCCUUACGGCGUGCUCAUCAGUGACCACACGAGGAGGCCGUCGUCUGUAUUUCUACGCCAAUGCUGGACAAAUAAAGCCACAGUGGUUCAAACACACUGGAGUUGUUGGUAGUUGUGAUGUGACUCCACAACAACAGUCGUCCAUUUUCUGUAGCCCUUGACCUCAUGAACUCAUUCACUGGCGUGGACGUUUCUAUUGGUCAACUGGAAGCCGAACAUUUUCUGCCACUGACGAAUAUAUUUGUCAAGUACUUUUAUCAAGCAGUAAGCAGGGAAGACGGUCUUGCCCAGAUUGUCUGUGAAAUUCAAGCUUCCAUGGGACUGUAAUGAAGAACAGACGCCAGCAGAUGGCGACGUUGCAUCGCUUUGGAUUUCAGAUCGGCACCACUUCUGAGUAGAAGAUAAAGAUGCUAUGGACGACUUUAGGCCCCUCACGCUCCAACAGAGUAUGUAGAUGUAGGGUAUAAACAGAAUAUGUGUCGCGGUAUACAAUAGAAAGGUUGUGUUGCAAUCUAUGAGAAAAGGUGACACAGUUCACCGAGCGAAUGUUAAACAGCAUGUAAAAAAGCCACUGACCUUCAAUUCGCUCACGGCGCGCUUUGUUCGCUUGCUGCCAAAUGACAGUUUUACAGUGUCGAGGUCCAAUUUGUGAACGUAUCACACCAAAGAUAAGUAAACGCUGCUUUAAAAACG